CCGCGCCCCGCGCCCCGCACCCGGCGGGCGGCGUCCUGUGCCCGCCGCGCCCCCGGCCCCGCGCUCCCGAAACAUGGCCACGCUGCUCCGCAAGAUCGGCCUGAUCCGCCUGCACGGCCGCGACACGGAGGACCCCAAGCACCCGCACCGCGGCGGCGGCGGCGGCCCGCACAGCGCGUCCCUGCGCGCCAAGGGCGGCGCCAAGAGCGGCCUCAAGCCUCCGGGGGGCCCCCCGCCGCCCGCCGCGCACCCCGGCCCCGCCGCCGCCCCCGCCGCGCCCCCCGCGAGCAGCGCCAGCCCCGGGCCCCGCAAGGCCAAGGCCAAGCGCGCGGGAGAGCCGGGGCCGUCCUCGCAGCCCGCGCCGGGGGUCGCGGGGGGCCUAGGCGGGCCGGGGGCCCCCGGGGCUCGCCCGCAGCACUGCGCGCAGGUGCGGAGCCGGCGGCUGAUGAAGGAGCUGCAGGACAUCGCGCGCCUGAGCGACCGCUUCAUCUCGGUGGAGCUGGUGGACGAGAGCCUGUUCGACUGGAACGUGAAGCUGCACCAGGUGGACCAGGACUCGGUGCUGUGGCAGGACAUGAAGGAGACCAACACCGAGUUCAUCCUUCUCAACCUCACCUUCCCUGACAACUUCCCCUUCUCGCCGCCCUUCAUGCGGGUGCUCAGCCCGCGCCUGGAGAACGGCUACGUGCUGGACGGCGGCGCCAUCUGCAUGGAGCUGCUCACGCCGCGCGGCUGGUCCAGCGCCUACACGGUGGAGGCCGUCAUGCGCCAGUUCGCCGCCAGCCUGGUCAAGGGCCAGGGGCGGAUCUGCAGAAAGGCCGGCAAGUCCAAAAAGUCCUUCAGCCGCAAGGAAGCGGAAGCCACCUUCAAGAGCCUGGUGAAGACACACGAGAAGUACGGCUGGGUCACCCCGCCCGUGUCUGAUGGCUGACGCCAGCCUGAGGCUUCAGACCUCCAGCCUUCGCUUCACACACACACACAUGCACACGCACGCACCCACACACGCACACACAUGCACACGCACCCAGCAUCUCCUCCUCCACGCUCACAGCCCUCACCCUUUUGUACGCCCUCCGGAACGGAAUCCUGAACGCCGCCAUGUCUAACUUAUUCAUGAACACACAGCCGGCUGGGAUCGGCUUACCGUGAGGAGCAGCUGAUGGCCUCCAGGUCACUUUAGAGCCCAUGCAGAGAAGGUGCCAGCCCCCCAGUCCGCCCGCGUCACCGUCCCUGCCAUCGGAAGCCCCUCGCGAGCACCUGUUGGGUGUGUCUCUGUGUCUCUGUCUCCCUCCCCAGGAGACCAAGCGAACUUGAGGACGGGCCUCUUGGGGGACCCCGUGUGACCUCACGUGUGCCCUGUGGUCCACGCCCCACUGACUCUAGACCACGUGACACCCCCUGCUGGGGGUGAGGAGGUCUGCUCCUCCCCACAUCCCCCUAAGAAACCAGCCCUGCUCCCCUCCCCAAGACGGAAGGCGGGCUGCUGUGGUCCCCAAGGAAUGCAGGACAGUGCUGACCCUGGGGACGGAUGGACAGACGCAGACGUCCGCUGGAUGUGCUACCAGGCUCCUCCACCUGCCUCCUUCCUGCUGGCUCCCCCCUCCCUGCCCCCCAUGACGGCAAAGACAGUGCCCCCAGCCCUCAACGCCGCCCCCAUCUGACAUCAUCAGACUCAAUUUCUCCUUUGUGCUCGUGACACGGAAUGCCAGACUGCCAAAGGACAGACACCUCGUGACUGCCCCACGAUGCAUGAGCAGGUUACCUCCUCCUCCCUCCCCCUCCCCCUCAAGUCACCUGUGUGUCCCCUGACCUGCCCCUCCCCCUCCAGCAGGGGGUGGUCUCCCCCCACCCUGGCUGCAGCUCCCUAGAGACUCCCUCUUAUUUAAUCUCCCGCACUUUCAUUUCUCUCUUUUGUGACUUAGACCUUGCUGAGCAGCCCCGUGAGGCUGGGACAUGACAGCUGACCCACUGCAACGUGGAAAGAGGUCGAAAGGUUCAUCCCAAGUGGGGGGAAAAAAAAAUCUUAUUGGACACAUUUUAAAUAAAAUCAUGCAUAUACCUGA